AUGUCGACUAUUAAGGACAGAUAUGAAAUGGCAUCGAGUCCGUUUAUAUCACUGGAGUUCUUUCCGCCGAAAACAGAGCCAGGGAAGAGGAACUUACUUGCUCGUAUGGAGCGGAUGACAGCGUUGAACCCUUUAUUCAUAACGGUGACUUGGGGUGCAGGUGGUAGUACGGCCGACAAAACAUUGGAAUUGGCGAGUUUGGCGCAGAGAGAACUCAAUGUUCCUGUGUGCAUGCAUUUGACAUGUACUAAUACUAAUAAACUGGUGAUUGAUGAAGCUCUGAAAAAAGCGAAAGAAGCUGACAUUCGCAAUAUCUUGGCUCUUCGAGGAGAUCCUCCCGUUGGCGAAGAUUGGGGCUUUGAUGAAGGAUGCAGUGAGUUUUCUCAUGCGGUGGAUCUCGUUCGGUACAUCAAGAAUCAAUAUCAAGACGAAUUCUGCAUUGGAGUCGCAGCAUAUCCCGAGGGACACUGUGAGGGAGAAGCAGACAACGGGCUUCAAGACCCAAAACGAGACCUACCCUUUUUGAAAGAGAAAAUAGAUGCCGGUGCCGAUUUCGUCAUUACACAGCUCUUUUACGAUGUGGAAAAAUUCCUUGAUUUUGAACAGGUUUUUAGAACUGAAAUAUCUAGCGAUAUUCCGAUUUUUCCCGGAAUCAUGCCAAUCAAUUCGUUUCAACUGUUCAACAGAGCAACCAAGCUUUCACAUGCGUCAAUUCCCGCUAAAAUUUUGGACAGAUUCCCGCCUCAAAUUCAAAGCGAUGAUAACGAAGUGAAAAGCAUUGGUGUGCAAGUUUUGACUGAGAUCGUGGAUGAGAUUUUUGCCAGAACAAAUGGACGCAUAAAGGGAAUACAUUUCUACACGUUGAAUUUAGAAAGGGCUAUAGCGCAAAUCGUUACAAAUUCCUCUGCUCUAUCAAAAAUUUUGGAAGAAGACAAUGAAGAUGAAGUGCUUGACGGUGACGGGGAUGUAGUACUGGAAGAUCUGGAGAUGAUGGAAAGCGAUGAAAAUCUUAAGAAAAGGAGACGUCAAUCCAGCCGUUCUUCCGAUAUAACAUCAAAUCAAGUUUUAAUUGACCACGACCGCAACCUUGCUGGUAGGCGACAAAUUUCGGGCGCCCCAUCUCGGAAAGUUUUGGUUUCUAUAUCUAAGGGUGCCGGAACGCUGGGCAAAGAUGCUACAUGGGACGAAUUUACUAACGGUAGAUUUGGUGAUUCCAGAUCGCCCGCUUACGGUGAAAUCGAUGGUUAUGGCCCUUCACUCAAGGUCAGUACGGCAAGGGCAUAUCAGCUAUGGGGUCGCCCUGAUAGUUUGUUCGACUUGCAAAACCUUUUCAUUAAGUAUCUGGAGGGAUCGCUACCUGCUUUGCCCUGGUCUGAUCUUGGACUGUCUCCAGAGUCUGCAUUGAUUCAGGAAGAGCUCAUACAAUUAAACGAGCGUGGAUUUCUUUCUUUGGCCUCACAACCAGCGGCAAAUUCUUGUCCAAGUACUGAUAAGAUUUUCGGCUGGGGUCCUCGAGGUGGCUACAUUUAUCAAAAGGCCUUUAUUGAACUGUUUGUACAUAAACAGCAAUGGGAAAUGAUUCUGAAGCUAAAGAUUGAUAAAAUGGGGUCGAAGGUUAGUUAUUACCUGGGUGACUCUGCGGGCGCUUUCCAAUCAAACCUCGAGCCCAAUAGUUCGAGCGUGGUAACGUGGGGUGUUUUCCCCAAUUCUGAAAUCCUACAAACGACCAUUAUCGAGGAGGAAUCCUUCAAGGCAUGGCGAGAUGAAGCCUUUAGCAUUUGGCUGGAAUGGAGCAAACUUUUUGCAAGAAACACCGCCUCGCACACAUUCUUGAAACAAAUGCACAGAGACUACUACUUGAUCUCCAUUGUGCAUCAUGAUUUCGGUGAUGGCGAUGCGUUAUGGGAUCUGCUUUUGAGCUGA